AUGGAUUACAAGAGUUUGUUUGAUGUCAAGGAUAAGGUUGUCUUGGUCACUGGUGGUUCAAGAGGUAUUGGUGAAAUGAUUGCCACUGGUUUUGUUGCUGCUGGUUCCAAAGUAUACAUUACCAGUCGUUCUGCUGAUGUCUGUUACAAGGUUGCCAAAGAAUUGACUGCUCAAGGUCCUGGUCAAUGUAUCGCCAUUCCUGCAGAUCUGCAAAAGAAGUCUGAAAUUGAACGUCUCGUUGCUGAGCUUUCUCAAAAAGAGGAUCAUCUUGAUGUAUUGAUCAAUAAUGCCGGCGCCAACUGGAAUGAAUCAGUUGAGACAUACCCUGAUGAUGCCUUUGAAAAGGUCGUCAACUUGAAUUUGAAGCGUAUUUUCACAUUGACUCAAGCUUGUCUUCCUCUUUUGACAGCCAAGGCAUCAAGAGAAAACACAUCCUCUGUUAUCAACAUUGGCUCCAUUGAUGGUAUCCGAGCUCCUCCUCAGGAAACCUACGCUUACUCUGCAUCCAAGGGCGGCCUCCAUCACAUGUCUCGCCAUAUGGCUGGCAAGAUUGGUUAUAAGGGUGUCCGUGUCAAUGUCAUUGCCCCUGGUGCUUUCCAAUCCAAGAUGAUGAAGGCUACCUUGGACAAAUUCCACGAUCAAAUUGUAUCCAAAUUGGCUGUUAAACGUAUCGGAAGUAUGGAAGAUAUCGCAGGUACCUGUAUCUAUCUGUCCUCAAGAGCUGGUCAAUAUACUAACGGUGCUACUGUUACCGUGGACGGCGGCGCUAUUGUCUCUACUGCCAAUUUGUAA